AUGCCACGAGAAAUCAUCACCCUCCAAGCCGGCCAAUGCGGUAACAGCGUCGGCUCGCAAUUUUGGCAACAACUCUGCCUCGAGCACGGCAUCAACCAAGACGGCAACCUCGAAGACUUUGCGACAGAAGGCGGCGACCGCAAAGACGUCUUCUUCUACCAGUCCGACGACACGCGCUACAUCCCGCGCGCCAUCCUGCUCGACCUCGAGCCGCGCGUCAUCAACGGCAUCCAGACGGGCCCCUACAAGAACAUCUACAACCCGGAGAAUUUCUACGUGCACAAGGAUGGCAUGGGCGCGGGGAAUAAUUGGGCGGCGGGGUAUGCGCGUGGCGCGCAGGUGGAGGAGGAGGUGUUUGAUAUGAUUGAUCGCGAGGCGGAUGGGAGUGAUAGUUUGGAGGGCUUCAUGCUGUUGCAUUCCAUUGCUGGCGGUACUGGAUCCGGGCUGGGCUCAUUCCUGCUGGAAAACCUCAACGACCGGUUUCCCAAGAAGUUGAUUCAGACGUACUCCGUCUUUCCUGGACAACAGGAUGACGUUGUAGUGCAGCCUUACAACUCUCUGCUUGCCCUGCGGAGACUCACACAGAAUGCCGAUGCCGUAGUGGUCCUCGACAACGGCGCUCUUUCACGGAUAGCGGCAGACACACUACACAUCCAGGAGCCAACGCUACAACAGACCAACCGACUUGUCAGCACAGUUAUGUCCGCGUCGACUACCACCCUACGCUACCCAGGAUACAUGCACAACGAUCUUGUCGGCAUCCUGGCCUCCUUGAUCCCCACUCCUCGCUGCCAUUUCUUGCAAACCAGCUACACACCCUUCACAGGAGAUAACGUCGAUGCCGCCAAGACGGUGCGCAAGACCACUGUCCUGGACGUCAUGAGAAGACUCCUCCAGCCAAAAAACCAAAUGGUCUCCACCAAGCCCACCAAAAACAGCUGCUACAUCUCCAUCCUCAACAUCAUCAUGGGCGAAGCAGACCCCACAGACGUCCACAAAUCCCUCCUCCGCAUCCGCGAACGCAACCUCGCCUCCUUCAUCCCCUGGGGCCCCGCAAGCAUCCAAGUCGCCCUAACCCGCACAAGCCCCUACCUGCACCCGCCCUACACCUCGCGCGUCCCGCCGCGCGUCUCGGGCCUCAUGCUCGCCAACCACACCGGCAUCUCCACCCUCUUCCGCCGCAUCGUGACGCAGUACAGCCUGCUGCGCAAGCGCAAUGCCUUCCUCGAGCAGUAUAAGCGCGAGGAGCCGUUUCGCGACGGCCUGGCGCAGUUCGACGAGGCGAAGGAGGUGGUGCUCGAUUUGAUUCGGGAGUAUGAGGAUGCGGAGCGGGCGGAUUAUUUGACUGGUGGUGUGGGUGGGGAGAGUAGUGGGGAGGCGACGAAUGGGGGCGCGGAUGCGAGGACCGAUGGGGUUACGGGGAGGUGA